CCGCCUCCCCGCCCCCGGCCCCGGCCUGCCCUGCUCCCUGCGCCCUGCUCCCGCCUCCCAGCCCCGGCCCCGGCCUUCGGGCCUCGCCGCGCAGGCGCCGGCUUCAUCCCCGCCCCAGGCGGUGCUUCCGGGGUCGGCUGCGGGGUGGAGUUCGCCGGGCUCCCCGCGCUGGGGACCCCCGCCUGCCCCCCGGAGCCGUUGAGAUGCCGGCGCGCAGCGCCGCCCAGCUUUCCCGCAGGAUAGGGCAAAAAAAGCAGCGACUGUCGGAGGCCGAGAGGAGUCAGAGCCUGCCGGGCACAGCCGGGACGCCCUGCCCCAAGGAGCCCCACACGGGUCUGCCAGCGACCCCGGGCCCCCAGCGCAGCGUCUACUUCUCAGGGCCACAGACGCUCCCUGCCCGUCUGGGGCCGGAGUUUUUCGACCAGCCGGCAGUCCCCCUGGCACAGGCGCUCCUGGGACAGGUCCUGGCCCGGCGGCUCGCCGACGGCACAGAGAUCCGCGGCCGCAUCGUGGAGACCGAGGCGUACCUGGGCCCGGAGGACGCCGCGGCCCACUCGAGGGGCGGCCGGCAGACCCUGCGCAACCGCGGCAUGUUCAUGAAGCCGGGGACGCUGUACGUGUUCGUCGUCUACGGCAUGCACUUCUGCAUGAACGUCUCCAGUCGGGGGGAUGGGGCGUGUGUCCUGCUGCGUGCACUGGAGCCCCUGGGGGGUCUGGAGGCCAUGCGUCAGCUCCGGGGUACCCGCCGGCGUGGCACGGCUGGCCGAGCCCUCAAGGACCGUGAGCUCUGCAGCGGCCCCUCCAAGCUGUGCCAGGCCCUGGCCAUCGACAAGAGCUUCGACCAGCGGGACCUGGCCCAGGACGAGGCUGUGUGGCUGGAGCGGGGCCCCCUGGGUUCUGGUAGGUGGGCCGUGGUGGCUGCUGCCCGGGUAGGCAUCGGCUAUGCUGGGGAGUGGGCCCAGAAGCCCCUGCGCUUCUACUUCCAGGGCAGCCCCUGGGUCAGCGUGCUGGACAGAACCGCUGAGCAGGACGCAAGAGCCUGAGUGGGGCGCCUGCUCUCAUGAGGCUUUUAAUUGUUUAAAAACCAAAUAAACAUUUUGUUCCUAGAAA